UAAUGCUUUGCUUUCUCUACUUCCCUUCCCUUUCUGUUUUCUUAUUCGCACUCUCGCUCUCUUGUCUCUAUAACUACAUGUAUUCACAAUUGAAUAAUAGCAACAGAGAGUAAUUUACUAAAAUCUCUCCCAGCAAGUCGUUGUUCCUUGGGAUCAGCCCCAAUCUCAUUUCCAAGACAAGCAGAGAGUAUGGCGGAGGGAGAAGAAGACAUGCCAAGGGAUGCCAAGAUUGUGAAAUCAUUGCUUAAGUCAAUGGGUGUCGAGGAUUAUGAACCUCGUGUUGUGCAUCAGUUUUUGGAGUUGUGGUAUCGUUAUGUUGUUGAUGUGUUGACAGAUGCACAGGUUUAUUCGGAGCAUGCUAACAAAACUGCAAUUGACUGUGAUGAUGUCAAGCUUGCUAUUCAAUCUAAAGUCAAUUUCAGCUUCUCGCAACCCCCACCUAGAGAGGUUUUACUAGAGUUGGCCAGAAAUAGGAACAAAAUCCCAUUGCCUAAGUCAAUAGCUGGGCCUGGUAUCCCUCUUCCACCCGAGCAGGACACGUUGAUCAGUCCAAACUAUCAACUUGCUAUCCCAAAGAAGCGGACUGCCCAGGCAAUAGAAGAGACAGAGGAGGAUGAAGAAAGUGCUGAUCCCAACCAAUCACAAGAACAGAAGACGGAUCCUCCACAGCUUACUCCUCAAAGAGUAUCCUUUCCCCUCACCAAACGUCCCAAGUGAGAAUUAUAUAUACUGCCAAUGUAGGAUUACAAGACAUUCUCUUGACCUGAGAAGAAUGAGCCCGUGUGAAAAGGAAUUGAGGACGAACUAUUGGAUCAUUGUAAAAUUGGAGUCUUUAUGUGAAUGCUAUGUGUUUUGGAUUAUUGUGAUCUU